GUUACGUUUACAUUCUGUUCUCGACGUCGCGUUCAUCGUAGGGAGCCAUUAGCCUCGUCCGCGUUAAGCAUCGUGCCAUAUUCCCAUUCGCGCCCUAAUACUAACAACAUUCUCGUAGUUUUAAGUGAAAUAGUAUGAGAGUGAAGACCGAAAUGGACGACGACGAAAAGGGAAAGCUGUUUGUUGGUGGUUUGUCGUGGGAGACAACACAAGAAAAUCUUCAGCGUUACUUUGGCCGUUAUGGCGAAGUAAUCGACUGCGUUGUUAUGAAAAAUAGUGAAUCUGGACGCAGCCGUGGUUUUGGAUUCGUAACAUUUAGUGAUCCAGCUAAUGUUCCAUUAGUUCUUCAGAAUGGACCACAUCAACUUGAUGGGCGCACAAUUGACCCGAAACCAUGUAAUCCACGUACUCAGCAAAAGCCGAAACGUAGUGGAGGCUUUCCAAAAGUUUUCCUUGGUGGCUUACCAAGUAACGUGACUGAAACUGAUUUGAGGUCAUUCUUUACCCGUUUUGGUAAAGUUAUGGAGGUUGUUAUAAUGUAUGAUCAAGAAAAGAAGAAAUCGAGAGGAUUUGGCUUUCUCAGCUUCGAGGAUGAAGAUGCAGUGGACCGAUGUGUAGCAGAGCAUUUCGUCAACUUGAAUGGAAAACAGGUUGAAAUCAAACGUGCAGAACCACGAGAUUCUUCUAGCAAAAUGAAUGACAGCCAUCAAGGUCAAUGGGGACCUCCUCAACAAGGUGGGCCUCCGAUGGGAAUGGCCGGGAAUAUGGGACCUAUGGGUGGUCCAAAUGGACAGAUGGGUGGACCUAUGAUGGGAGGUCCAAUGGGUCCACCAGGGAACAUGAUGCAACAGUAUCAGGGUUGGGGUACCAGUCCUCAGACUGGAGGAUAUGCUGCUGGAUACACUACUCAGUAUAAUUCUCAAGGUUGGGGUGCACCUCCUGGUCCUCCACAACAGCAACAAAUUCCACCACCACCACAUCAUCAGUGGGGUAGCAGUUACAAUGUGCAACCUGCAGCAGCUACUCAAGGGUAUGGAAGCUAUGGUGGGCCGGCGGCCGCCGCUUCAGGGGGCUAUGGGCCCACGGCGGGUACUGGCGGGGCUGCGGGGGGCGGGCCCGGGGGUUCUUGGAACUCCUGGAACAUGGCACAAAACGGUCCUCCUCCUGGGACCCAGCCACCACCUCAGCCCCCUCAGCCUAACUCCUCGCAGCCCAACUCCAACUCGAACCCCUCUGGCCCGCAGGGUGACAUGUAUUCGCGACAGACCACCGGUUCAGGUGCACCUGGGUCCAGUAGCAGUUCAGCGAAAACUCCGGAUUAUACUGGGUACUCUGCAUAUGGUAAUUACGCUGACACCAGUUAUCCUCAGCGUUCGUAUCAAGGAGGAGAAAGCAACCAAGGAAAGUGGAGAAAUGCAUCUGCCGAGUUUAUAAAACGGAAGCGCCAAGGAAAAGAGGGUGUUAGGUUCUAGAGAUAUUGAUUUCAUUGAUCGCUCGCGACAACGGCCCAUGAUCUUAUUGGGUUUCAAAGGUACUGUGGAAACAAUUGAAACCGCACAUUUAAAACAGAUAAACAGAGAGGAAUAAAUAGCAAAAAAAGCAAGACGAAUAAAAUACCAGGACAAAGAAUAAAUGGACACCCAUGGUGCAAGUAAAUUUUUGUAUGGCACUGGGAUAGAGGGUAGGAAGCGGAACAUAGAAGUAUUAUAAGAGUUAGAUUGAAUGGAAUAAGUAAAAUAAAGCAAAUAAAAUGAAAGCGAGUGUAAAGAAUAAGGGAAUGCUGAACAUUAAUUACUUACCAGCAUUUGAGCGGGGGAUGGAUGAAAUUUCGUUUUGAGAAAUUUCUUCUCAGUGGAUGGCACAAAUUUCGAUGCUCGUUCACCUUUUUGAUACUUUUAGUGAACACUUCGGUAAUUUGAAAAUAAGAAUAAUUAAAUAAAAGAAAUACUAUAUUAAGGUCUCCAGUAGGAGGCCAACGAAUGACUGGCACAUUUGAGACACCCGUCCCUCCACGAUCUCGUAUUUAUUAAAAUAGAUAUGCUGGAACGAAGGAAAAUGAAAACGUAACGAGUAAUUAAUGAAAUAAUUAAGUAAGGUGUUCACACAGGCUGACUUAUAAUCUAAACUACAGAGAUAGUGUAAAAUAAAUAGAUCCUUUUAAUAUGAUGUACGUAUAUCUAUAACAUUAUUGACAGCAGGCUGCAGUUUCCUUAAGCAUGUUUUUUUUCUCCUUUCCUUUUUGUUUUUUUUUUUUAUUUUGUUAUUUUCAUGUUGUAUCUCUAAUACUGUACAAUAUGUUAGUCAUAUUGAUGUUUAGUUCCUUUUUCUGUUAUUCUCCUUCACUUGUGACUUUUUCUAAUCUAAAUCUGGUCCUUUUCCGUUUCCAUGUAUCUGAAAAAAGUUUAUUGUUUUUGGAGGGAAGAGGACGAGAAAGGAAGCGAAAAAAAAGAUAUCGAAUUUUUUAAUGAAGAUUAAAAAAAAAAAAAAGAAAAUUUGUAUAAUAAGAAAUUCUGAAUCGUUAGACAUGUUUCUGUAUGGUCGUAUUGCAUCAAAUAUGGAAACUAGUUUAUUUUUUACCUCGGAUUUAUAAUAGUUAAUUAUUAGGCACCUUUAAGACUACAAUUAUUGUUACUAUUAUUAUUACUUCUAUGAUAAUUAUUACUAUUAUACUACUAUUAUCAUUAUGAACUAUUUACAGCUAUUUAUCACUAUUUACUGUUGCGACUGCUCCUACUGCAACCAUUAUGAUUGCACUACUAUACACGCUAUUAUUACUGUCUAUGAUAAUUAACAAAUAUUGUACGAUGAUGCUUAUAAGUGUUUAAAUUUUAGAUGAUUAGAUAUGAAAGAGAUCAUGAUAUCUACUGGAUGGAGGGAGGGGUAUUUGUAAUUUGUGCGGUGUACUCGGCGGGGGGCGUCGAUCUGAAAAGUCUACCUGAUUAAAUAUAUGACUUAAUUGUAUUUACUCUGUAGGAUUUACCAUAGUUCUAAACAAGGAAUAUUUCGGAAGAAUGCUCUCAAAUGCUCAUGUUUAUUAUUGAGCGAGUCGCGUUGUGUCUUACUUUGUCAAUAAGAAUUGCAAGUAUUGCGCUAAUGUAAUUUUAAAUUUUUUACGAGGUCAACACUAUAAUCAGUAGGUUACAAUUAAUAACGGAUCAACAAUUUGCGUAAGCUUCCUCACUAUUGAUCUCAAUACGAUUUAGCUUUUUCUUUCCCUUUAUGGCAUCUGUUCUUUCUCUCGUCAAAUUGUUGUAACUUCAACUACUUCUUUUUUCGUUUCUACAUUUUUUCUUUAUUAUUUCAGCUUGCCAUAUUUCUCGUAACACACAAAUUCGUAAUAAGCGGUGCGAAUUUUUUUUUUUGUGUAUGUCAUUGAUCGACUUUCAAAUCAAUUAACUCCUGUACUUAUCCUCCGCAUUGUCUAUUUAAACUGCUCGUUACCAUUUUCGGAUUCGAUACGUUUAAUUAACAAUAUCGCGUAGCAUCGUAGAAACAGAGAUAUGUAAAAGUCGAUGGGAUAAUGAGAAAGCAUUAACAAACGCGACUCGUGGAAACUUCUGGGAUCAACGCAAUAACACAUUUACUGACUAAACUAAAGACAAGAAAAGACGAGUAGGGAGCUCAAUCAAAGGAAAACCACCUUUUACACUAAUUAUUAUGGUAAUUACACGAAACACGUAAAACAUAACCGUACUCUCAACAGAUACACACGUAACACGUACACUUCUACGCGCAUAAAGAAGUAAACUAAUUAAACAGAGGCCACAAGUUAUUGAACAUCCAAAUAAUAGUAAAUUAAUAAGAUGCUAAAAGUAGAUAAUGAAAAAAAAAAUUAAAAUGAAAGGGCGAUGACUUUGUGGUUUUACUAAAUAAUACGUUAUUUAAUACCUACUUGAGAGGCAGAGAGCGAGAGAGGGAGAGAAAGAUGAGAGAGAGACUGUGAGAGCAGCAAAUUUAAAUAGCGAGAGAGAGAGAGAAAGCUUUUAUCUUUACGGCUGUUUUUUCAGAACUUAUUUUAUAAAGUAAUAUAAUAAAGAAACGUAAAUGAAAAAGCCACUAGUAUAUCGAUUAUGAUUAUAAUUAUUACUACUAACUAUUGUAUUCCUUACUAUUAUCGAUUUUUAAAAUAAAGUUAAAGCGUAUAAAUUUAAAGGAUUUUUAAGUGUAUGCAAAGCGUUAGGAGAAAGUGAUCAUAAUAACAUUUGAUUUAUAGACGUAUUAACGAUAUAAUUAAUGUGUUUGCUGGAAUCGGUAAGCCAGGUAAAUUAAUUUAUAUUAUAAUUAACGAGUCUCAGAGGGAUGAUUAAAUUAAUCUAGUACGAAGGGAUGGGAAAUGUGAGGGAGAAAAAAAAAGUAAAUAAUGACACAAAGUUAAAUGGCUGCCUUGCCACACUUGUAUAUACAUAUAUUUUAGGGUACGCUGGAAAAGUAUAAUAUCGAGAUAAUAAGCGAAAGUGGUAGCAAUGGAUUUGAAAAAAAAUACACACAAAAUGAUGACGAGAAAGCGGGACUAUUCGAAUAAUUGACAAUUAAUAAUUAUAACAGAUAAUAUAUUUAUAUUUAACGCGAUAUUAUUAGUAUUUUUCAAUACAGAAAUAAUGCAUCUAAUUAACGUAAUAGGUAGCAAAUAGGGAAAAAUACUUUGAUUCUAGCUGUUGUUACUAUCUGUCGUAAUUUCGUCAUUUUUACGAAUUACGACUUGCUCUCAGGGUUGUUACUGUCUUUUUUCCUCUUUUAUCUUUUAGUCUUCUAACUUUUUCAAUCACUUUUUUUAUAUUCUCCCUGUCUAAGAUUUUACUUUCUAUUAGAAUCUUUGAAAAUGAUUGUAUUUAUAUUUUUUUUAGGUCGGUAUCUCAUUUCUCUUCUCGUUCUUCCUUUUUUUCUUUUCUGUUAAUUCUUUUGUGUUAAAUAAAUAGGCACUGAACUCAGUAUUUGAAGGAAGCAUUCUGAAAUGUCUUUUUUUUUUUUUAAAUCAUUUUAUGGGCGUUGUCAUGCGGAAAAGCAUGGUUUUUGCUGUAAAAUAUUUAUUGUUGAUUCGUAGGACUGAAACACUUUUUAUUUCAUAUAGAGAAGUAAUAAUUGUACAUUAAGGUUUAAGUAAUGGGAGGGGGGAGAAAAUCACAUACAGCUAGAUUUAAUUCUUCGUUACUUUUAAGACAUUACCAACAGGGAGAGUAAAAGAAACAAACAAUUCAACUUUAUAAACAAUGUUAGAUGUGUAAUUUUUACAAUUUUUACACUUUUGCAUGUUUUAGUAUUUUCCCUCUACUUUACCGAAUCAUUUACUAUUUAAAUAAUCUUGCUGUCUGUUUCGCGUAUUGAAAUAAUAAAAUAAUGUUUAUUCAUUUGUUCAUGCAUUUCAUAAAUUCGCUUAAUCAUUGUCUCUUCUAUGUGUUUUUUUUUCUUGUUUUGUUUUUGCGAGGAAUUUCUUAAAGAUAUAUAAUAUAUUUAGUUAAUUCACCGUUUGCCUUAAUUUAAUUAGAUAGUGCACGCAUUCAAUAUUUUUAAUAUAACGAACUUAGUUUGCAAGGUAAUUAAAUAAUAAAAAAGAAAAAGAGUUAAGCAUUCAAUAUUUAAAGAUGAGAUACGAUAAAUAUAUUAUAAUUCCGGGGGCGUUACAUGUCUGUUUUUAACGUUAACACAUACUUGACGUCCCGCUCACUGAAGACUGGUCAUUAUAAUUAAAUGUUAUACUUAAAUAACUUACUAUUCAUAUUGUAAUUUAUACAAGAAACAGUUUUUAUCGAUGAGUUUAUCUUGUACUUUUAAUGGAUAUUAAUGUAAUUAGUUGGUAUCACAACGACGUAUUGGCUAUUGCAUUUCUACACGCUUAUUAUUGUGUAUUUCAAUUGAUUCUUCUAACACAUUCGCAUUUUUCCCCCUCUUGUUUGUUGGCUUAGUAGGCGAGAAAGAACAACGUCGAAAUUCGAUAAUAGAGUACAUAUAUUUGCCACGAAUCAAAACGGCACGAAACUACGUGGGCAUUUUUCCAAGUUGUAAGGAAUAACGUUCGGGAAAGAUCUGUUGGUCGCACGACAAUGUAUUUUUAACUUUCACGUUGAAAUCAUUUUAAACUAUCAUUCAAAGCACAAAUUCCAUCGAUGAUAGGUAAUAACCAAAAAGAAAGUUAACCACUGCCUGAGCUUGUUCCUUGUCUAUCAUCGGUUUCGUUGCAUGAUCAGUUAACGGCCCCAGAAUUUUGUAACUUUUCGAGCUGUUGCCAAUUGUAUCUUAAUCAUUGUGAGGCACAAAGAAAAGCAACAGAGAACAGAACAAAUGAAACGUCGAUUAAAGUUGAAAAUUGUUUAACACUCAGUUGAUCGCGUUCGAAUGAAACGAUAAGAGAAAGCUAGGAAAGGGAAGAAUGGGGGAGUUGUCGUUGGUGUAGCAUUCAGGUAGUGCAAUGAUUUCGGUAUUACACGAAAACGUAGGCAGAAUACACGCGAUUUCAGAGAGGAAGGAAAAACGAAAAACGAAAUAGAACAAAAUUAAAUAAUAAGGAAGGGAAUGCGUGUCAUAUAUGUAUAUGCAUAUAUAGACGUACAUUACACUGUUAGAGACACACGAGUACACUGGUACACACCAUGAAUAUUCUAAAUUACGUUUACAGUAGAUGCAGUUAAGGUAUUAAAUUCUAAUUCUGCAAAGUGAUUUUCUGCGCGCCUGUUAGGACGACGUAAUUGUUGUCGAAAAAAAGAAACUAAUUAAUAAUAAUAAUAAUAAUAAUAAAAAGAGAAAAUUGUAUAGUAGCGAAGGGAAAACGUAGAAAAUUAAAGGAAAAACAAAAAUAUUGAGGACACUUCAAGUUUUACAAUAAGAGAGAGACAGAUAGAGAGAAAAAUUCUAAAUGUACUACGUUUAUGUUAAGUACCCUGCUAUAAGCGUGAAAGAAAGAAACUUUAUAUCGACGCAUAGAUGGUGUAUAGGCGAACCGUUUAACGACACGUUGUGUGCGCAAGAAAAAUCGACACGUGUACACACACUCAUCGACACACAUGUUCACACACCACUCCACACUACUACAUUAAAAUGCUUCACAUUCUGAGACUAAGGGCUUUGGGAGGGAGAGAAUUUGAAAAAGAAAAAAAAGGGGGAGGAAAACAUUUCUAGAGAUUCUUAACGAAACCGUGAGUGCAUUAGCGGAUUGGAGAAACGAUCGAAUAGGAACGACUAAAUAAUAAUAAGACUUGUUUCUUCCUGAAAUGUUACUCGAGAGCCACUAACCGCAAAAGAAAAAUUCAGCAUGAACGAAAAGUAGAAAAAGCAACAAACAAAAGCAGACACACAAUUAAACAAUAAAGAAAACGGGAGAAAAACGAAAUUGAUAUAUCUUUAUUUCGCUGGAGAAAAAUGAAACAAACGAGAAAUGAUUAUCCGCUUUAGUGAAUGGAAUUCCUACAGUUUGGAAUGCUUUGUCUCGCAUUGAACGUACGAGAAUCGAUCGAUCUACUUUUAUCAUAUUUUAGUGUGAAGUAUAAGAUAAAAUAAACGUAAAGAAAUGAAAUAAAGUCGACGAUGACGAUUGUAACGAUAAUAAAUGAAAUUGUUAACUGUAAUAACAUGACCUGUAUACUUGUAACUUUUAGCAUUAUAUUGGUAAGAUCGUGCCCCCCUGUACGAGACAAACGAUUAGAAUAUUUAUAGUGGAACGAUAGAUAAAUGUGAAACGACGACGAAGAAAAAUAAGGAAAUAUGAUUAAAUGAAAAUGAUAUAUGUUAGUAAGAUUACGGUCGCAUCGGCUGCCAGUCGAGAAAAGUAAACGGCCUAGCCGAUGUGACUAUGAAACGGCGAAAAAGUAAUACGUAUCCAUGUUCAUCAUGUUUUACCUCAGAUUUAAGGAUACAUUUAAGGAUCUUUACGCUCGCACGCUUUCUGUCCAUCUCAUUCCCAGUGACCUAGGCUAGAAAACUCUCUGUACCGAAUGGGGUGCUCGACUUUUCAAUCGUGUUAGACGAAUAACACGCUGUCAAGAAUUUCAAACAAAAAUUUCCUUAGCUAGAGAAAAUUGCUCGUGAAUUUCUUUUUUCGGGAUAUAUGUAUUCAUAAUCCACACGAAGUCGAACACUCCAUUAUCAGCACAGUAGCAGUAAAAAAGAAAUAUAUAUAUAUAUAUACACAUAUAUAUAUAUACACACACACCAGGCCAAAGCGCAUUGUCUCUACCUUUAAGAAUUCUCUUAAGGAAGAGUCUAAGAAAUUAGAGUUGUAGAAUCAAGAAAGAGAGACGAAAGAAGUAAAAAAAAAAAAAGGAAAACAGGAUAGGAUAAAGAGAGAGAGGAAGGAAAGGAAUAAUUAUGUAGGAGGAGUAAGCACGAGAAAAAGAAAUUAAGAGCGAAGAAUAUUACAGAUUGAGAGAGAGCGAGAGAGAGAGAGCGAGAGAAGAUUUUUUGUCGCGGUGAACAUUAUAAUAUUAUGCGCGUUUACUGAUAAUAACGAUUUAAUGAACGAUGAUUGAUUAUUAUUAUUAAUUACUAUUAUUACACAUAAUACAGAGAGCGGAGAUGUUGAGAGAGAACACAUGUUUACAUACUAUUCUGUAUAUAUACACGUAUAUAUACAAUUUUUUAUAUAUAUGUAUAUAUAUUCCAAAUAUAUAUGUAUAUAUACAUAUAUAUGAUAUAUAUAUAUUAUUCAUUGCAACAUAUAUGUAUGUACACGCACUCGUAUGUCUGCUCGUGUAAAUGUAUAUCUUUAAAAAAAGCAGGACAAAAUAUAUCGAUAUAGGGGCGUACGUAUUUCUUUUUUAAAAAAAUUAUGUACAUUUUGCAUGCACGGCCAUUCGUGCACGCGUAAUGUCGACAUAUUAACGUCUAUGUAUACCACAUAUAUACACUUCUAUACACACUACAAUUUUCUUCGAUCUGUUUUAUUUUUCUUUUUUUUGUUUUGAUUCUACUCUCGAGGGAAAAUGGCUGUAUAAAAAGAAAGAAUAAAUCACGUGGAGGGAGGGUGGGAAAAAUCAUUGGGAAAAAAAAAAGGAAAUUUAACGGUUGAUAUUCAGACAUUGUAAUUCGGAACGAAAAAAGAACAGAUGAGAUAAGUAAAGACGUUAUUAGUCUUAAUUAGCUGUGAAUAAAGAAAACGAAAGGGGAAGGUAAUGGACAGAGAGAGAGAGAGAGAAUGAGAAGAACCGUGUUCGGUAGGGAGAGUGCGAGAGAAAAGUGUAAGAUUGUGUGUGAAAGAGAGAGAGAGACAGAGGGUAAAUUAAUUAGUCUUUAAUUAAAUAGGGAGAAAAGGGUAGUAAAUUCCAUUCAACACAUUUUUUUUGAAGCAUGUAUUACGUCUCGAUAAAAACAAAUAUUUUUAUCUUUCUUUUUUUUCUGUACAGAUACAUUUAAUCGAUUUGCGGAUUGCCGUGUUAACGAUAGUUUUUAGCUUUUAGUUAAUUCGAUAACUCAACUAUUUCUUGGAGACUGAACGUAGUCUUUAUCUUCCUAAACGAUAUUUAACGGUGGUGUACGCAUGGUUCGAUCGAUAAUGUCAAGUUGGGUGGUGAGUUAUUCAGCCGAGUCGUAUUAUUCGAUUUGUUUUCGUUGUGCUAACGAGACACGAUAACAAUUCACAUUCAAAUGUUUCAAAUGUAUAGUGCUUGAAAACAGCGUAUAUAUGUGUAUGUAUACAUGCGCAACAUUGUCUAUGAAACAUGUGGGAGUCAUUAAUUUCGCAUGCGUAGCACAGAAGUCGACAAAGAAAAUUGGGUAAAUACUACAUAAAUAUAUAGAGAGGUGUGUGGGUUUGUUAUUACGAUUCGCUAUUUUUAAAUUGCUGCUACUUUUAUUAUUGUCAUUACUGUCACUCCAUAGUAGUUAUUUACUUAUGUAGUGGUUGUUGCUAAUGCUAUUAUCACUCUUCUACUUUCCUCACAACUAAGAUUAUCGCUAUUCACUUUUGCAAAUAUCGCUUUUCCUUUUUUCAUAUUUUAAUCUAACUGUUUCCUAGUUUUCUUGCUCUACUGUCCUUUUUCGUCAGGGUUACAUGAUUUUAUGUGUUAAAACUACAAUAGAAUAUCAAUGGUCGUAUCUAGCAACAAAAGUUCAUAAGGUCGACUAUGUAAAAAUAUAAAGAUCAGAUAUGCAUCUUGUUGGUCGUCACAUUUACAUUCUCGUCCGAUUCGUAUGAUCGUCACGUUCGUCUGAACGUGUACCAUUUACUUUCCGAAACGACGUGAUAAGUUGAAAGAUAAGAGUAGAUAUAAAUCAUGUUAAUAGGUCGAAUUGUUAGCAGACAAUGGAACGAUCCGUAAAUUUCUUUUUUUCUUUUUUUUUCUUUUUUUUUUU